CCAUUUUUGUAGCCGUGAAGUUUUGCUCUCCAUACUUUCUGCUAAUUUUUGAGACGAUAAAACGUUUUGCUAGUCACAAACACACUUUCCAGGACAUAGAGCGGCGACUGCCAUGGAUGCACUCCAGGGAGACCUGUUCCACCCCACCCCUGGGGCGGUGACGGCUGACCACAGUGGGGGGAUCAUGCCCGACCCCCCCUGGCGGGAGUGGGUCACCCCCCACAAGAUCUCCCUCCUGAUUCUCAUCAGCGAAUAUGUUCAGAACAAGGCUGAGCGGGGACAUGAGGAGACAGAUGUCUUUACUAAGACCCUGUUGUUAAGUGUUCGACUGCAGCGCAACAUCUCCCUCGCCCUUCUGAGGUGGAUCCAGAGCCCAGAUGAGACACUUGCAGACCUGCGCAGAGAAGUAGAGAAGCUGGCAGAAGGAGAUCGCUCAACGGCCGAGAUUGUUGUUGGAUGGCUGGACAGCAAACUGAAGGAGAUGGCAGAGGAUGGGCUGAUGGUGCUGACAGACUUCAUGCAGUCUUUAGAACAACUGUUUAACCUGUCAGCUGAAGGGGAGGAACCACUGCUGCAGAGGGCGGGGGUGAUCGGCAUGUUCAUCAGACGGAUGGUGCUGGCCUUCGACAAGCUGUCCUUCAGCCAGGUGUCGUCCCUUUACGAACUGCUGAUGGAGUACUGCCAGGAAGGGAAGUCAUCACUGAAGGACGACCUGGAUACGAGCGAUGCGAUGGAGAUGGCGGAUGAGGGGGAAGGCAUGCGGAGGGAGGACUUGGAUGUGGGCAAGGAGGAUUCAACAGUACUGUCCUAUCGUCAAGCACAGUACUACCUUUCUAAGGGACUGCAAAAUAACUACAACGAUGCAGAGGCAUCGUCUCCAGCUGAGUUGCAGCAGCAAGUACAGAGACUCCUGAAGAGCAACCCUUUGUUUGUGGAGGCGCACUACCUGAGUUACCUAAACAGUAUGAACGUGUACGAGUGGUGCGGGGCAGUGCAGAGCCUCCAUCUGUACUUUGAUCGCUUUUCCCUCCACUCGCAACACAACCAGCAGAGUAAACCUAAUGAGGAUGUUACGGCAGCGAGAAGCUACCGCUACGCUGCGUUGAACCUGGCUUCCUUACACUGCCGCUUUGGGCACCGUGAAGAAGCCAUGGCAGUUCUCCAGGAGGCCAUACGCCUGGCGCAGGUCACUAAUGACAAUGUCUGCCUCCAGCAUGCGCUGAUUUGGCUGAGCCGUCUCGAGCAGGAUGAAUCCAAAGUGGCCAUGCUUCUUCAGCGGUCUGUCAUCCGUUCUAGCGUGCUAACCCUUCCUUACCUGGCCUCCAUGGCUGUACAGAUGUUCACUAAGCUGAAGGCCCAGGCAGGGUUGAAACCAGCCCGAGUGUUUGAGUACCUCGCCAAGAGCAACAGCCUGAACUGCCUGCACUAUAUCCCGGAGUUGGUGGCGUCGUGCUUCGCUCUGCAGACGGCGCUGUGGCAGAUGUACGGGAAGAGCGCCAUGUCCCUGCUGAACAUCCAACUGCUGCUGCACGGCAGUGGCAACCCUGCAACCAACCACUGGGAUAAGGAGCUGGGCUGUCUGGUGCUCUCUCAUCUAGCAGUGAUCCAUGCUGACCAGGGGAACUACACCUGUGUGUAUGAGAUCCUGCAGCUGCUCAAGGAGAAGUUCCACUACAUCAAGAAGAAUGCCAAGGUCUGGAUGUUUGCAGAACAGUGCAUUAACUUUGACCGAGCCCUGAGGAACCACAAGUGGACUGCUGCAGAGACGGCCAUCACAAAUCUGGCCGCGCUGGACAACACGGAGGCCCAGUACAGGAGGGCACUACUGCUGAAGGAGAAGGGUGACAGUGUGGGGGCCUGUCAACAUCUACAGGAACUACUGCAGAAGUGCAGAGAGGAGCCCUCCACCACAAUCACAGAGAUACAUGCAGGUGUACUGCUGGCUCUUGGGGAGGUGUACACGGCUGCCUCCAACCUCACCACGGCAAACAGCUACUUCCUGCAGUGCCUGACCCUGUGUAAGGAGCACCACCUGAACCACACGGCCACCAUGGCACAGCUCAACAUUGCACACAUCCAGCUGCUCAUGAAGCUACCUGCUCAGGCACUGGCUCUCACUGAACAGGUCAUGCCACAGGUACUGUCUCAUGGCUCACUCUACAACAGAUCCCGUGCACAGUUCCUCCUGGCUAAGUGCCAACUGGCAUCUACUGACCCCAAACACGCUUCACGGAGAAAGGAAGCAAUCUUGUCUGCCAUCGGCACCCUCAGCAUUGCUCUGGAGGGUUUCCAGAAAGCAGAGGCCCCUGCACGAGUCAAGGACGUUCUGUACUACCAGGCUCAGCUGUAUAACGAGGUGGGGAACUCAGCAGACAGGAACAGAUGUGCACUGCAGUUCCGCCAGUUAGAUCAGCAGAUACCCACUAACCCCACACAGAUCCUCAACAUCUUCUGAACAAAUUAAGAACUAUACAUGUAUAU